AUGGCGAGCUCAAUGAACACCCUUGAAAUAUCAAACUUGGGCAGUUCUGAUGAGCGCAUUGCAGCCAGGCGGCAGCGCGCAGAGGCGAAGCUCAAGCAGGACAAGGAGGAGGCCGAAGGCAAAAAGACCAAAAAGGACGAUGCAGCAGAGCAGGUUUCACUGGGCAAGGAGCAGUAUGCGAAAUCGGUGGCUGAACUGGAGCGGUUCCGAACGGAAACCUGGGAAGAGCUGACCAGCAUUCGCGUCCGUUUCGAUGAUCAGGAGAACCAGCGUCGCAUUGUCGAGGAGAACAACCGACUAGAUAGAUACGAGGCCCUCCAGAUCGAAGCCGUAACCAGUGGCCGGAAGAAUGCUGCCAUUGAAAUGAAGUGGGCAGACCUUCUGAAUAUGGACAUUCCGCAGGAGCUGAACGACCAGCUCCAGUUUCAGAAAAGCGCCUGCAGACAGAUCAUUGAGUCCAAAGACCGGCGGAUCGAGGAUUUCAAGACAGAGUUGAAGAAUAAAGAUGAAGAGUACAUCAAGAUGCUAAAGCAGCAAAGUGUGGAUAUCACAACUCUAGUCUCCAAGAUGCGGGAGCAGUAUCAUGCACUGCGCCAGCACUAUGAGAAAGAGUUGGAAGAUAUCGAGCAAGCUUUCGAGGACGAACGAAAAGACAUGCUGCAGAAGAACAAAGCAGAAAUUGAGGCACUUUUUGAGAAGCGCCGCCAGAUGGAGGAGAAUGAAUUCCUCGAGAGACGGCAGGAACGCGAAAGAGGAUUCCAGCAGCAGAUAGAAGAACUUCGCACAGACAAUGCAGAUGGAUACAACAAGUGCAAAAUUGCACUGGAGAAGGGCAUUCAGGAGUUAGAGCAGCACUUGGAAAAGAUGCUUGCCACAUACCUUUUGAACAAGGAGAAGCUGGAGUACAACCUCCAGGUGUUGUCUGAGCGAAACAAGGAGCACACAGCCAUUCAGUCUUCGUACAAAAACCGCUUGAACCGGCUCCGCGAGACUCUGAAUACUUUGAUGAGUCGGUACAAUACGUUGGACCAGAAGUACAAGACUCACAAUCACGAGCUCACAGAAGAAUACAAGCGCUUGACCAAGCAGUUCAAGGACUUGCAAGAGAAGUUUCAACACUUCGAGCAGGCUGAUGAGAAAAAGUUUAGAGAGGUCUGGGAAAUGAACGAAGCCGAGGUUCGGGGUCUUAUGACUAAGGUUCUGGAGGCAGAUCGGCUUCUUCAUGAGCAGCAGCUUGGCCAUGAGUGGGUCCCUCCAAAGGAGGAGCUGCUGCAGCAGGAGUUGGACACUUUCUCAGAGUCAGGCACCACCACCGGCAAAAGCACGGCACUGGAGUCGGCGGAAAUGGGGCAGUCUGACUCCGGAAAGUUUUCAGCAACGAAGGUGAAGAAGGUCCUGGACCUCAUUAAAGAAGAGACGCAGUUUCUGCUGGACAUGAAGGUCCGGGACCAGCUAGCUGAGUUGCCUCCGGAGCAACGCGAUGUCUUGCAGAUUGAUGCGCUUCUGCGAUACAUUGGCGUGGAAGGGCAGCAAGACGUGGAUCUGUUGGUGCAGGUCUUCUACCGUGGUCAGGAAGAGGACGAUGAAGCACUAAUGGUGGAACCCGAUGAUGUCCUCCAACUCUUGAAAGACUUCAUAGAGGAGAAGGAGAACAUGAGGAUAGCCGAUGUGGCUCCGGAUAAGAAGAAGAAGGCGCGGACCCAGCAGCUGGGCAGCGAGAGCGAGGCGGAUCGCAAGGCACGGAGACGACGAGAAGAAAGGAAGUUCUGGGAGCGAAUGGGCCAUGUGAUCCCAGACAUGAACUUCCGUGUUUGGAAGGCUCUGGACGUCUUCUUGAAGCGAUACUAUGAUCUUCUGCAGAAGCGCAGCAAGGCCAUAGACUCUGCAGUCACAAUGCAGAAGCAGAAUGAAGAGCUGAAGGCGCUCCUAGAUCAGUAUUUGGGCUCGAAGGUCAACGAGGAGCUGCAGGUGCCGCCGACCCAUGUCAUCACUGUGGUUGCUGGACCGUAG